CUGCCUCAAUCCUCAUCAAGGCUACAAACUGCAGAAACUACCAGUCUCUGCUUUGGACUGGCGUGCGUUCAGCCGCUGCAGUUUUCAUCUCGAGGACAGUGAACACACCUCCAUCAGCUCACUGGUCGCAGCAUACACCAACCAGAACAGCAUCGACUGGAAGCAGCAGGGGUCCCGACCUGGAUUCCAAGUGUUGUCCUGAAGACACUCAGAGGGGAACAGUGACGAUAACCAUGAUCCAAGCCUUUGGUCUGAAAGGAGAUUUUUGGGGCAAGACUGAGGGAUAUGUGAAGCUCUACUAUGACUACCCUAGGUACCAGACUAAUGUGAUCCGAUCUAACUCCCCCUUCUGGAUCACCUAUUACCGUCUGGAAAAUGUGAAAACAAGCAGUCCUCUGAGGAUUGAAGUCUGGGACAAAGAUGCGUGGUUUGAUGAUUGGCUAGGAUCAUGUGUGAACUACCUGACUCAAGGUACAAACACAAUCAGAUGCUCCCUUCAGAGAGGCGGCACUGUUUUUGUCAACUACACUCUGACGUGUGACCGUCACCUGACUGGACCCACCUGUAACAAAUACCAACCAUCUCCACAGUGAGAAAUGCAUUCUGGGUGGGGCACACUAUGGAAAUGCUGGUAGCUUAUCCUUAAUCAAGUAUCAGAUCAGGUGAUAACAUUCUUUAAAUUUAUUGCAACAGGUAAUAAAGGGGGACAUAUCAUACACUUAAGAGUUAAAGCUAAUUUGAUGUG